CAUGUAAAAUACCUUUUCAAGUUCAUUUGGCUUUCGUGAUGUCAUAGCAACGUGUGCACUAACGUUAGGUCGGGUGACGAGCACGUCACAGGAAUGGUGCACAGCCGUAGCGCACGGAGCGGCAUGACAACUGUGAGAAACUUACGAGCUAAAGAGACAGUUUCACGUCACCAUUGAAGCCUUAUACUGAUGGACAACAAAAGAAGUCAUGAUGAGAGAUAUUGAUUCAGGAGAAAGGGUUCAAGAUGACACAUGCUCUUAGGUGUGAUGGGGCACAAAAUGAGGAAGAGGAGGAUGACGAAGAGGUGAGCCCUAUUAGAUCCAGUUUCUCCGUGGAGGACCUGCUCGAUGAGGUGGAGAAGAUCAGCAGUGUCGCCAGCAGCGGUAAAAAGGUGGAGAUUGUAGUGAGACUGUGGAAAAAUGGUUUCACGGUAAACGAUGAAGAUUUACGCAGUUACACUCUAGAAGAAAACCAAGAGUUCUUGGAGGCCAUUAAAAGAGGUGAGCUGCCUCUGGAGCUUGAAGGAAGAGCUGAGGAUGAAGAACUAGAAGUCAAUGUGGAGGACAUGAAAGAUGAAGUUUAUGUCCCGAAGAAAAAGACCUUUCACCCGUUUACAGGCCGAGGUUACAGACUGGGAAGCGUGGCUCCGCGAGUGGUGGCCAGGUCUCGGUCGAUACAUGAGGACUGUUCUGGUCCUCCUCUCCCAGCUGUGGAGCUGAAUGAGGACCUCCCGGUGACCUCCCUCCAGAUCUGGCUGGCAGACGGUCAGCGUCUCGUGCAGAGGUUUAAUCUGUGCCAUCGGAUCAGUGAUGUGCAGCAUUUUGUGGAGCAGGCUCAGAGAACGGACGCUCCGUUCAUCCUGACUACAUCCCUGCCGUUCCGAGAGCUGAGAGAUGAGGGUCAGAGUUUGGAGGAAGCUGAUUUAGCAAAUGCUGUCAUCGUUCAGAGGCCUCUCGACACACAAGCUCCUUUUGGUCACUCCUGACUGUUCCUGCUUGCACCAGAGACUCAGAUUUAUUGGUCCCACACGUUUGAGAGACAUUUCAUAAAUCCUUCUCUCUUAAAGGAGUAGAUCAACUAAAAAUGAAAAUUGACGCUUCCUCAGGCCAUCCAAGAUGUAGAUGAGUUGGUUUCUUCAUGCGAACAGAUUUGGAGAAAUUUAGCAUCGCAUCACUUGCACAUCAGUGGUUCCUCUACAGUAAAUGGGUGCCGUCAGAAUGAGAGUCCAAAGAGCUGAUAAAAACGUCACAAUAAUUCACAUGAAUCCAGUCUAUCAAUUAAUGUCUUGUGUAGUAAAAAGCUGUGUGUUUGUAAGAAACAAAUCAAUCUUCGAGAUGUUUGUAACAUCAAAUCAUUGCAUCUGAUAAAAAUUCAAGUCCUCUAUCCAUGAUAUUGCUUUCUACAGUAAAAAAGUUUGUAUUAUCUGAAUCAGGAGAGAAAUAUGCACACAUCAGGCACCGUUUAUAGGUCAAAACCGUUCUAAACAAAUAUGUUAGUGGAUUUUGAUGUGAGAGGACGAAAGAAAAAAAAUUAUGGACUUGUAUUUUGCCCAAAGCAACAGUUUAAAGUUAAAAUGCCUUAAUGAUGAAUUUGUUUUUGCAAACAUGGAGCUUUUCGCUUCAUAAGAUAUUUAUUGAUAUUGAUUGAUUGGAGUGGUGUGGAUUACUUGUGAAGUUUUUAACAGCUGUUUGGACUCUAAUUCUGACGGCACCCAUUUACUGCAGAGGAUCCACUGGUGAGCAAGUGAUGUAAUGCUACAUUUCUCCAAAUCUGUGCCCAUGAAGAAACAAACUCAUUUACAUCUUUAAUGGCCUUAGGGUGAGCAAAAUUUAAUUCUUUUUAAACCAUAAAGGCCGGUGUUUUUUGUUUUUCUGUUUUCGUCUGAUUUUGAAAACCCUUCUAAGACAUUAUAGAUGGCCACUCAACGCAAAUAGAUUUUAAUGAAUAGUUCACCAAAAAAUGAAAAAUCAGUGAUCCAGUCACAGCAAGUUCACUGGAUUAAAAGAUAAAAAGUGAAUAACAAUCUACAAUUCAAUCAAAAUGGAAUGACAAGUGGGUGAAUGAUGACAGAGCUGUCAGGUUUGGGUGAAUUAUUCUUUUAAAGUUUUAUUUUAAUUUCUUUCACAGUUGGAUGUAUUGGCCUUUUCUGAUGCAAUGCAGUAUGCACAAGCCAAGUCUUUAAACCUUCACUUCUAUACAUGUUUACACGGAUCAAUGAAGAAUUCAGAUCAUGGAAGCUGCCAUGAUGCUUAAUGGAGUUGUGUUCGAUCAUCUGUGCUCGUAUGUCUUACUGGGAACCGUUAAGUUAUAAAUGUCAAAUGUUUUAUGCACUUUGCCUAAGACAGAGGCUCUGUUAUAAAGACCUCUGCUUGCAAUAAACCUACUGAAGAUA